CGCUGAAAGUGCGAAGAUGUUCUUUUUAGAUUCCAUUUGUCUGCCAUCAAGAGGACGUGCGAUUUUGAGCCCACAGUGAUCUACUGAAUGAACAACCUUUUAAAUUGCUGAUUCGUCCUGUUGGUGUUUGAACGUUUGAUGCUCCAUGAAAAGGAGCCCAUCAGCGCGCCACCAGCACGAGGACGCACAGCGCGUCUCCAUCGGGAUACAGGAGAGGAGGAAGAGUCCACUUGGAGUUCUCCACAUGGAUAUAAUAUCUUAAAACAUUUUUCUAGAGUCAUUUUGACCAAAUGAUAUUCGUGAUUUUUGUUUGUUGGAAAUGUUCAUGGAUGCCUGACUCUUCGUCUUCUUGGUUUUCCUUGCACAUAUGAAGAUUCUGUGCAGGAUGUUACAGUCCAAGCGGCCCAGGCAUCAUUGGGCCACUGUGCACUUUCAUCACCACAUAUCACCACAUUGUUGGGGGGCCCGUUCUGUCUAAGGGGACAUCCACCAUCCACUCUCGAAAAGUGUUUUGACCCAAUUCGUGUUUUUGGUGAACAUUGACAUUAGCUCGGUCUCACCUUUGGGCUACUAUGCAAUUACAACUGAUCUCCUUUGUUUUGAUCAUCUUGCACGGCAUGGAUUACACUGGAUGUCAGCAGCACAGCAGCUCCAGGCACCGUCAACAUAAACAGCUCUCUGGUGUGAGUUCAGGGUGCCAACAGGGUGGCUGUCUGACAUGCUCUGACUACAAUGGCUGCCUUUCCUGCAAGCCACGCUUCUUCAUGCAUUUGGAGAGGAUUGGGAUGAAGCAGAUCGGGGUGUGCAUGACUUCCUGUCCUCCGGGCUUUUACGGCACACGGUCACCAGAAAGAAACACCUGCACGAAGUGCUGGUCUGAGUGCGACUCCUGCUUUAACAAGAACUUCUGCACGCGCUGUCGGACGGGGUUCUACCUUCACCUGGGCAAGUGCCAGGAAGUCUGCCCUGAAGGGCUAGUUCGCAGUGAUACACAAAGGGAGUGUGUUCCGAAGUGCCCUGCAGAGUGUGAGCUAUGCGUAAACAGCGAGAUAUGUACACGGUGCCGGCCGGGCCUGUACCAGCUCAAUGGGAGAUGUCAUCAUGUUUGUCCGGAGGACUAUGAACCCAGUGACAAACUCAUGCAGUGUGUGCCACAAGUGCACUGCGAGGUGGCUGAGUGGAGCGAGUGGAGCCCCUGCUCUCGGUCCGGUAGAACCUGUGGCUUCAAGCGAGGACAGGAGACACGCACGCGCCAAGUCCAGCAGUACCCAUCGCCUUUUGGGAGACCCUGUCCUGAAAUCUCUGAAAUCAAAGAGUGCCUGGUUAAGAGGAGAAAAUGCCUAGGAGAACCAAGGAAGAAGAAAAAUCGCAACAACAACCGUAAAGAGAACCAAGAGGUGAGAAGUAAGAAGAGACAACAGCGAGAGAGAGCUCGAGACACAGGGGAGCGUGAAGAUAGCAGGAACAAAACAGAGCACAGACAUCGCCGGGGCCAUGACCCGGACUCUGUCUCCCCUGAGGAGGGCCUUGUACAGUAGCUCUGUGGACACGUUUGAAGUCUAACACCUCCCCAAACCCUUCCUAUCUCCUGUUUCACGCACCCACUGUCCACCCCUCUCAACUCCUCCCUUUGGGGGUGUCGCUGCUACCGGUACGAUUUGAAUAAACUCUUUAUGCACAAGUGGGAUAGGGGCACAUGGGCCUAGAGGCUCAGGCCACUAUGGACUUUAAAGUGUUUUAUUUUCUGUGUAGCUAUUUCUUCACUUCCACCACUGACUCGUGUCGCCUUUUUUUUUUUUUAAAAAAAGGCAAGAGGCGCUGCUGAGACUGCUGCUGGUACUAAAGAACAAUAAAAAUGUCAGUGCGGGGGGAGCAGUACACAGCUGAGGUGACUCUUCAUGCUUGUUGAUAUGGUUAUUUAAUAGGGCCGUGGUACAACGUUACGCGCUUGGAUUUUGAAUGUAGAUUUUGCAACAUUAUGUAGAACAUGUUUAUUCUUGUUCAUGAUUUUAGAAGCAUCUACUUUAUUUCAUUUGGUGCGGAAUUUAUAAAGACAAUACAAUAAAAGAGGGUUUGAUCUUGCCAACUUGUGACAAUUCACUGUUUCACUGUAAAACGGACCGAUGUAUCAUGCUUCACCAAAGAAUCCCGUUGGUCACAACUAAGACCACAUGCUGUGAUCCAGAUAGGAGGGUAAAUCCAAUAAAUCAAGCACAAUAUUUAUCAGUUUGUGUAAAUGGAACAUGUUCUCCAGUAAAACUGUUCAAUAAAGCACCCAAACACCUGUAUGUCAAAUAAAACUAUAA